AUGGAAAUAAUCAAUGAAAAUUCAUCGACAAUAAUUCCAGCCGAUAUACCUGUGAGUGUAGUUGGUUUAGGUCUAAUGGGUUGUAGUAUUACUACAUGUCUUUUAAUAGCUGGUCAUUCAGUUGUUGCAGUUGCACCACUUUCAAUCGAUUUAGAAACUGCUGAAAACCGUAUUCGUCAACAUCUUGUUCAAUCAUUUGAACAAGAAAUAUGUUCCAAACAAGCAGAUUAUUAUUUAAAAAAAUUAACUAUAACUGAAGAUUAUAAUCUUCUAAAAGAUACUCGUUUAGUCAUUGAAUGUACUCUUGAAGAUAUAACAAUUAAAAAACAAAUAUAUCAAAAUAUUGAAAAUAUAGUUGAUGAUUCUACGAUUAUUACAAGUAAUACAUCAGCAAUUCCAAUUAGUCUUCUUCAACAAGAAACUCGAAUACCAAGUCGUUUUCUUGGAUUACAUUGGGCUGAACCAUCUCAUACAACAAGAUUUUUAGAAAUUAUUUGUGGUGAUAAAACAGAUCAAGAAAAAGCCGAGUGGUUAUAUAAGCUUUCACAUUAUUGGUCAAAAGAACCAACACUUGUACGAAAAGAUAUUCGUGGUUUUAUUACCAAUCGUCUUAUGUAUGCUUUAUAUCGUGAAGCUUUUCAUCUAGUUGAAAAUGGAUAUGCUUCUGUAGAUGAUGUUGAUCGUGCUUGUCGAAAUGAUGCAGGUUAUUGGAUGACAUUAGUUGGAUGUUUUCGUUGGAUGGAUCUUACCGGUAUACCAGCUUAUCAUGCUGUUAUAAAAGAUUUAUUUCCUACACUUCAUAAUGGAACUGAAAUACCAAAACUUAUUAACGAUAUUGUUAAUACAGGUGGAAAAGGUAUUUUAAAUGGUAAUGGUUUUUAUAAUUACACACCGGAAGAAGCUCGUUUAUGGCGCGAAACUUUUGAAGAAUUUAGUUAUGAUAUUCGACGACUUGCAUUAAAAUAUCCCGUAGAUAUUGUAACAAAGAAAUUAGAAGAAGAAAAAAAAUAA